AUGAGAUUUUGGUCCAUCAAAACACCUCAAUUAGGUUUAGACGAUAUAAGAAGCAACCCGACAACCCCUUUGUCCGUUGAAAACCUAAGAUAACUUGAAUACAAGCAAGGAUGGCGAAAUCGAUGAGAUGCAAGAGGGUGAAGCGAUUGAGAGCUAUAAGAAGAGAAAUUGUGGAGAAGGAAUCAUUCACCCUCACCAGAGAAGAUGCCAAAUCCGCCGCCAUAGAAGCCGCACUCGCCGCCCCUAAACUACCGGUUCGUCUACCACCACCUUCUCCCUUCAUGGAAGUUGCUGCGGCUCCUCUCACCUCCGAGUCUGCCUCUGCCUCCGUGACUAUCUCCAAAGACAUUGAUGUGGAAAUGGACGAUGAGAAGCAUAACAAGUUUCUUAAACCUAUCGGGAGGAAGUUGAAGAAGAAGCUCAAGUUGGGGAUGAAGAAUCGUCGCAGUAAGGGUGUGCUUCGUGGCAAGCGUGUCUAAAGUUCCCUAGUUGGUUUCUUCACUUCUUGUUCUGUUUAACCUCCCAUAUCUAUGUUCCCUCUAGAUUCCGUAAUUGUCUUAGAGAGUGUCUUACUUCGUACUACUGUUAUUUUGUGGGGGAGCUUCAGUAUUGUAGAGAACCUGAAAUAUGUGAUUUUGAACCUAAUUAGAAGUCUGAUUACGCCUCCA